UUGAUUGUAUCUUAACCAUCACUAGUCUUCUGCAGCCAUUCAACACAACAAAUUUGAUUACUUAUUCAUUUAUUUAUCCGUUUUUAGCUCCAAAAACUUGAUUUCAUUUUGUUGUUAAAACAUCAGCCGAAAGAUUCAAGAUUCACGUUGUCUCGUGUGUUAUUUGUUCGAGAAAUGGUGAAGAAAGAGGUCAAGGUUGAAAAUGAGUUGUCGAGAACAUCUUCGUCUAUGAUUAGCAAGAAGAAGUACAAAGGAGUGAGAAUGAGGAGUUGGGGUUCAUGGGUUUCAGAGAUACGAGCACCCAAUCAAAAAACACGAAUAUGGCUAGGAUCCUACUCGACUCCGGAAGCAGCAGCUAGAGCCUAUGAUGCAGCCCUACUUUGCCUAAAAGGUCCCACCGCAAAUCUUAACUUCUCUCAUACCCAAUACGAUCACGACUAUUCCACCACCAUCAUGUCUCCCAAAUCCAUCCAAAAGAUUGCAGCGGCCGCUGCUGCUUCCACCACCGCCACCACUACUCCAUCAUCACCAGUACCAUCGUAUCCAUCACCGUCACCAUCAUCAUCACCAUCGCCAUCGUAUUCCUCAUCCGUAUCCUACAAUACCUCUACACCACCAACCACCAACCCAACCGAAGAAGACGAUGCAUUCUUUUCAGCAAAUGAUCCUCUUGAUGGUACCUUGAUGUCGUUGGUUGCACCAUGGUACAACUUCGGUUCACCAGCCUACGAUGAUGUGAUGUUUGAUACAUCAUUCUUCGAGCUCGACCAGUCUUCGUCCACCAUCACCAAAGAUGUUUGCGAAGAAGAAAGUGGUGAUAUAUAUCUUUGGAGCUUCUGCAGAUAAUUUUUUUUACUUAAUUUCUUGAUGAUUCUUUUAUUAUCUUCAUAUUGAAGAAACUUAUUAACUGACAUAUUUACAAAUUUUCAUUUAGUUUUCAAAAAAUUUAAUUAAUUUAUUUAUUUGUAAAAGGGUGUGGGGAAUAAUUUUUUUGAUGAUCCCAUGUGAGUCUCUUUGAAAAUAUAGUAUUGUAUGUUACAAAUGUGAUGUUCUUUGUCUCCUUGAUUUAAAUAAAAAAGAGAGAAGACAAUAUUUUAUUGGCUA